AAACCCCUCCAAACUCCAAAGAACCAAAUUCAAUCAAAUAUUGUUUCUACCACCUAAACCUCACAUUACAUGUAUAUAAAUAUGGCCACCGCAAAGAAGAGCUUUUUCUUCCUCGGAGUCCCGCCGGAGACGAUGUCUCCGGCGGCGGCGGGCCCGCAGUUUGAGUUCGACGAGUCCGACGUCGUCUGGGACAACGGCGAAGACUUCGGUCGCGGCGGCCCGGGCGGGGCCCGAAGACCGUCCGCGUCGAUGCCGAGCUCGCGCCGGCCUGUCGUCGCCGUUCAGAAGAAGAAGCCGAAGGCCGACGACAGGCCGGCAUCGUUGCCGGUCUCCGUGCCGGAGUGGCCGGAGAUCCGGCGGGAGAGCGGCGGCGGGGAGAGAGGGGCGGUGGUGCCGCCGCAUGAGUACUUGGCGCGGAGGAGAGGGGCGUCAAUGUCGGUGCAUGAAGGCAUUGGGAGGACUCUCAAGGGGAGAGAUUUGAGUAGGGUUAGAAAUGCCAUUUGGAAACAAAUUGGGUUUGAGGACUAAUUAUAUAUAAUUGUUUAAUUUGAUAAUUAAUUAGCUAAUUUUUCCAAUGGAAUUUGUCACAUACAUAUGGGAAUUAAUUAAUUAUUUAGCUUAUU